AUGGACGCCUCCAUUGAGGUGCUGAGCACCUCUCACGUUUCUCUCAUCAACCAAUGCAAUAACACCCAGCCAUCACUGCUCCAGAUACACGCAAGAAUACGAGUGUUACCGAAAGCGUCUGAUGCUUCGCCUUUUGAUUCGGCGACCUUCACACUGUACGGCGCUGUAAAGACAGAGAUAGGCUCGAAGUUUGCCUUGAGAGAAAUCUUCGAAAUAUCGGAUGACAAGAGCUGGUUGGAAUUCGAGCCAUGUUACAAAGAGUCGGCAGAAAGCUAUGUGGAUGUCACCUUCGACAUUCUGCCUAAAGAUGACGCCUCCGACAAGUCAUCGUCGCAGUCUUUCGUGCCAUCUCUUUCACUCAGCGGACAGACCACCGUAACUACAUCAGACGUCCUCACCAGCCAGCAAAUCAUCAAAGGACAAUGCGACGUCUUUUAUUGGAUCGAGGCGGAAUUCUGGCAUCAUCGACAGGUCGUUCAUCGAAUGAAAGUCAACGUCCACGUAUCCAAGUCCACCGCACCAAUCCAAAUGCAAGUCACCGCUGCUACCCCAGCAGAAUUGUUGACGACUCCUGUCAAGCCUCAGAAACGAGCAAUGCUCCGCCGAGGCUGGCCACUGAAGCUCAAGAAAUACCUCACCCCCAAGAUAUCAGUUCAUGUGCCGAAUGACCUCGGCAUGGUCUACGCCGCGACCACCAAAUCCUAUACCGACUACCAGCUCAUCGCUGUACCUCUCACAUUCCUCCUUGAGACGCCUCCUGCCGACGAGCCGAAGCUCACCGACAUGAUGGGCCGCUUUCUUGGCACUGCCUCCGUUGAAGCAAAAUGGUACACCACGAAGACCUUCUCAACUGCCAACAUAGCGGCGCAGAACCCCGACAAGAACAAUUCUCUCACGCCACGUAUCACCACAAGAUCAGUGGUGACGCAGAAACAGCAUCUCAGCUUUCCGCCUUUCUACCAGGAGCGAGCAUUCCAGACAUUGGCAGGAGAAGACCACACAAGCAGAUACAGCGCAACGGCGAUCUUUGAGAUCUUGCUUCCGGACACGAUCCGCUGCCCGACUGUCGACACAGAGCUGCUGAAGGUGGCUUACGACUUGGAGCUGAAGAUCUCGAUGGAGGGCAACAAUACGGCUGCUGAGAAGGACUUGGGAAUCGUGCCAUGUGCGGCGAAGUUGAGGUUUCCGGUUCGGGUCGAGACGAUGUGA